AUGUCCAUCACCAACGGCCAGCAUGCCUGGCAUGCGCCAAACUCUGGUUCGGCUAACGGCGCCAGAUUGCAUCAUCCCGUUGUGGAUGAUGGACCGGCGCGCAACCAGACGCCGAGCAACAACCAACUCGCGCUGAUGCCUGAGGCUGCCGAUGCAGAUGAUGACCGACGACGCGCCGAUUUCGCGAAUAUGUUCCGGCGCACCGAGGAAAGGCUCGCGCUAUUAUUUGGCGACGAUGGCCAGUACAACAGAACCGGCCUCGACUCCCUCAAACGCCCACCUACGCCCCCCACACCCCUGCUGCCCCUCGCGACCGACCACGCACCUGCACAAGAACCGCCCCGCAAGAAGGCGAAGCGCGUCAUUGACGAAGAUGAUUAUGGCGAUGAUGAUGAUGACGACGAAGAGGAUGAUGAGGACAGUGCCGGAGACACAGGAACACGUAUCACCUCGGCGGCUCAAACCUUCCGAUCGAAGCACACCAACGACACUGCUGCGAGGACCUUACUAUCGCCGUCCAAGUCCGGGAGUUCACCCGUCCACUCCAGCCCGUCGCCCGGGAGGCACCCCGGGAAAUCUCGGGACGAUGGAUCGCAAACACAAGCCAAGUCGUCUGAAGACGCGCGCAAGGAGUUAGAAGAGGCACGGAACGCCACGGAGCUGGCGGCUAAGCAGAGCUUCCACACCCUCUUUCACACGCUGGAAAAUGACCGGACGGCCAUGCUCGAGCAACAACAAUUGGAGGAGUCCGAGAAGCAACUGCAAGCCGAGAUGGACAAGACGACAACUCAAGGCCACACAAGUCAGCCGGGGCCGAACCAUGGGUCGUUGAGCAACGCCAACCUCGGCGCGUCGAGUCUCACUCUGAAGCACCUCAUUGCGAGGAUCGAUAUGCAACGCGAAAAAGUGCGCGCCUCGGAUGCUGAGCUCCGCUCGCUCAUGAACGAAGUCCGCAAGAACCGAAGCAAGUGGGCUAGCGAGGAGAACGUUGGCCAAGAGGAACUGUACGAGGCCCUUGAGAAGGUCCUCAGCGAGCUGAAGGCCCACACCGAGUACUCGACUCCGUUCCUAAACAGGGUCAACAAGAGGGAUGCUCCCGACUACUAUAACUUUAUCAAACAGCCUAUGGACCUCGGGACUAUGACCAAGAAGCUGAAGGGUCUCCAAUUCAAAUCCAAGGCCGAUUUCGUCUACGAUCUCAAUUUGAUCUGGGACAACUGCCUGCGCUACAACCACGACAUGAACCACCCACUUCGCCGCAUGGCUAAUGGCAUGCGUAGAGAGGCCGAGAAACUCGUCCCCCUCAUCCCAGAUGUCACCAUACGGCCGAGGGCUGAAGUGGAGGCCGAAGAGCGCCGGAAACAAAACGGCGGCGAAGACUUUGUCGACAGCGAUGACGACGAGCCGAUCAUGUCGUCUCGAGGGGGUCGCAAGGCCGGCACGAAAGGGGCAAACAAGUCCCGGAAAGCCCCUUCCGACCAGAAAGAAGGCAAAGAGGGGACCCCAAACGUGGAUCAGAAGCCAUUACUGCAGCUGAACGGAAUCCUCGCGAAGAACCAGCGCGAGGGCUCCGAGGUUGAUAGCAGCAAUGGCUUUGGCACACCACCAAUCGGCGGCGCUCUAACUCCCAGCGGCGCCAACGGUCACUCAGGUGUUAGUAAUGCUGACGCCAUGGACAUUGACGGCCCGUCGCUGAACGGCAUGGCGCUUGGCCAGGCACUUGGGGAAGCGGCGGAAGCAGCUUACGAAGACGAAGCCUAUAAGAUUUGGAAGCAGGUCACGAAGAAAGACCGUGCCCUUAUCGCUAAGGAACGUUACCAGCUGUUUGCGCACAACAAGCUCAACCUGGAAGUGCCCGCCCUCCUCCGGACGAAGGCCGGCAUGCGCCGCUUCUUCAAGUCCCGGAGGGAGGCCGAGGCUCUUGGCAUCAUCCACGGCUCGCACCUCGAUGCUUCCGCACCUGGCUCCAAGGACGGGGCCAAGGCUCCCGAGACGUUGGCUGAGGGUAUGGAGGACGACGCCGACCGAACAGUGCCGUCGUACUAUGAGCCCCUGACCAUCAUCCCGGACAUUGAUCCGAAGCUCCAGUGGAUCGAGGACGGCGAGGGACAGGUCAUAAACCAACAUGAAGACAUGCUCCGACUCAUCCCACCCGGGCACUUCAUCUCCCCUGAGAGCCGUCUCACGAGCAAGAUCGACGCCAAUAUCCGGCAGCUGCAGGAAACCCGUAAACUCUGUUCUAAGGUCGGCGUCAUCAAACAGAUGCAGAUCCAGACUCAUGUGUAUACCAACCAGUUCCCCAAGUACAACCCAGAACCCUUCUUCGAGUCGGACGUCGAACCGGCCUUCCUCGCUGGCGAGGGCCCCGUCAUGGCCGGAGAGACUUGCAGGUCCGCGAUGCAGCGGUCGGUGGCGAAGAUAUUCUACCACGCCGGUUUUGAAGAACUGCAGCCUUCGGCACUUGACACGAUGACGGAUAUUGCGGGUGACUACUUCCAAAAGCUCAUCCGCACCUUCAACGUCUACCGUGAGUCGGAGAAGAAGGGUGCAUCCGGCGUCUACGCGGAGAGGGGCGCUCAGUCGCAGCCACGGUUCACUCCCGAGGAGAUCAUUCUUCACACGCUCAACGAGAACGGCCACGAUGUCGAGGCGCUUGAGAGUUACGCCCGUGACGAGGUCGAUCGUCUGGGCAAUAAGCUCGGCCAGAUCCACGAGCGCAUGAAGGCUCACCUCGCUGACCUGCUCCGCCCUGCCCUCACCGACGGCGGUGCGGAUGGGUCUGGCGCCUUCAACGAUGGCAGCGAGCAGUUCGUGGGCGGUGACUUUGCCGAGGAGCUCGGCGAGGACUUCUUCGGGUUCAAGGCGCUCGGGCUGGAUAAGGACCUGGGCCUCGAGAUGCUUUCCGUCCCGCUGCACCUCCUGCAGUCGCGCGUGCGUAACCAGUACCAGAUGCAGACGCAGACGGUCGGCGGCCCAGUCGCGGCUGAUCUCUUCGAGCCCUUGCCGCCGUCGGAACCCGUCACGCGCGAGAACAUCCAGGAGCAGAUCGGCCUGGUCAAGAACUUCUUCUUAGCCAAACUGCAUGCUAACGGUGACACACCGUUGGUAGAGGACGAGGACCUCCCACCUAAACAACGCCGCGCCCGCCCGCGUCUCGGCGCGACCGGCAAGAUUGUCUCACCGCAGAAGCGCAGCCCCAAGGAGCAAAUUGCGCUGGCGAAGAAAAAGAAGAAGCUGGAGAGCGGUGCCGCGCAGAUCACGGAUGGUUUGAACGCUGCGACCGCGGCCGGUGGCAAGGGUGGCAGCGUGUCGCCUGAGAAGAAGAAACAGCAGCAGUCGCAGUCGAACCUCAAGGGCGGGCCGGUGUUGAAUAUGCCAUCGACGAGUAACGGGGUGGGAUUGGCGGCUGAUGUGACGGACGGAGCGAGCCAGGCGACGGAUAAGGAUGAUGGAACAAUGGGUAUGAUGAGUCCAGAAAGUUUGGAGCAACGGUAA